AUGGGAGUGGAAAUGCUCUCAACUGUUCACAGCGUGGACCCUUCUCCGGCGCCGGUUUUUUCAACAACCGGUCGUCCGCCGGACACGGGGCAGACUCAUAACGCACCUUCUGAUAUCGUCGUGGUGGCCUCACCACCAAAAGAGCCUUCCUCCAGGACAGCGAUGUUGGUGGAUUCGUCUGCCGGUCACGCCGUCUCGGGGGAGAUCUCAGCCGCAGCAGUGGCGAACGCUAACGCCAGCAACCAAUUGACGCUUACUACUCCUCCGUUUCCUCAGACCUCGACGGCGCAUACACAUCCCUCCUCCUACGCCGGUGUGCUCAUAGGAGGGCAGCUCGUCCCUAUGUCACAAUCGUUGGCGACUCAAUGGACUCCGGUCGGCGAACAUGAUUUGAUUCCGGGUGAGCGCAAUGGCGAACCGGCCUUGAAUAUCUCGUCGGAGUUCAAGAACAGACUAUGCGCGCCGUGGCACCGCACUCUGGUGAUCCGUCUUCUGGGUAUUAAAAUUGGUUUCCAUACCCUGUGUUCUCGACUCAGAGCCCUCUGGCGACCAACAGGGGCGAUGGAAAUCAGGGAUUUAGAUGAAGCAAGCUUUUUGGUGAAGCUAAACAACGAUCAGGACUACUUUAAAGCUCUCACGGAUGGUCCCUGGAUGAUUUUUGAUCAUUACAUUGCGGUUCAGCAGUGGACGCCUCGUUUCAAAGUUUCAGAUCCCCUCCCAAGGAAGAUGAUCGUUUGGGUCCAUCUGCCUGAGCUCAAAAUCCAUUUUUACCACAAAGAGGUCCUCACUAGCCUGGGAAAUCUGAUCGGGCGUACGAUCAAGCUAGAUUACCACACCCUUACUCAACAGAGGGCAAAAUUUGCUCGCCUCGCUGUAGAAGUGGAUAUCUCCAAGCCUCUUGUUCCAAGGAUUUGGCUUGAUGAUGAUUGGCAGCCGGUUGAGUACGAGAAUCUACCCGUCGUCUGCUUCGAAUGCGGGAAAAUCGGCCAUGCCUCUUCUGUGUGCCCUCUGCUCCGCCCAACGUCGACCACGGAGGUGAAUGUUUUGGCCGGCGGGGAGAAUCCUGACCCCUCGUCGGAAGGGACGCCGGAGACGAAGGCUGGUUUCGGACCAUGGAUGCUCGUAUCGCGCAAAGGGCGGCGAAAUCAGCGGGAGACGAACAGCAAAGGAAAGCAAAAAGAUUCGGGGGCCUCACCUCAGGCGAUCAAAACUAGAUAUGGAAAGAAUGGACAAAAAAGCAAGGAGUCGAGGGAGCCAUUACCUUUCCUGGAUCAGCAGAAUUCGCCGUCUCCUCAACGGUCUGCGGGGCAAGAAAGGAAAGCGAAUGGAGAAGGCUUUUUUGGAGCGGAUAAGAGGAAGGGUAAAGGAAUUUUGCGGGAGGAGGAGACAAACACAGGGAAGGGGCUUCUUGGUCCAGGCCCAACUGCUGGAUCCAUGGUCAAGAAAGGGCCAAAGCCCAAUGCGGAGACCUCUAAAGCCUCCACGUCGAACUCUUUUGCUGAACCCAUUUUGGACUCCGAUAGUGCUCCUAGCAGAGGCAUUUCUCUUGGGCCUCAAGCCCAAGGCGAUCAACCCAGGCCCACGUUCUCCCCUCCCCCAACGUCGGUGACCACGGGCCCAAAUGGCACUGUGAUGCAAGUGGUCCAAGUCUCACCUCUGAUCGAGGCGCCUCCCCGACGGACAGAGCAAGUUCCUCCCAAGUUCUUGGGGAUCCCGUGGUUGAUCACUUGGAAGAAUCCCCACUCCGACGAUGCAUCUUUAAUCUCCUCCACGAUCUUCUUCCGCCUCUCAGGUAUAUGCGGUUGGGAAGGUGAAGUCUGGAUCGUCGGCGGCCGGCGGCGGUGGUCGGUGGUCCACGAGGUGAUCAGGUGGGAUGUGGAAGAUGCGAGGCACCUCAGUCUCAGUGAUCCCGCCGUCGACUAG